CCCGCCGCAGACAUGGCGACGCUGACAGCGGUCCAGCCGCUCACGCUGGACCGAGAUGUGGCGAGAGCAAUUGAAUUACUGGAGAAACUGCAAGAAUCUGGAGAAGUACCAGUACACAAGCUGCAGUCCCUAAAGAAAGUGCUGCAGAGUGAGUUUUGUACAGCUAUCAGAGAGGUGUAUCAAUAUAUGCAUGAAACCAUAACUGUAAAUGGCUGCCCCGAAUUCCGAGCCAGGGCCACUGCAAAGGCAACAGUUGCUGCUUUUGCAGCAAGCGAAGGCCAUUCACACCCGCGAGUGGUGGAGCUGCCAAAGACUGAUGAAGGCCUGGGCUUUAACGUGAUGGGAGGAAAAGAACAAAAUUCUCCUAUUUAUAUUUCUCGCAUCAUUCCUGGAGGAGUGGCAGAAAGGCAUGGAGGACUCAAACGGGGGGACCAGCUACUUUCUGUUAAUGGAGUGAGUGUGGAAGGAGAACACCAUGAAAAAGCAGUGGAGCUCCUGAAGGCAGCUAAGGAUAGCGUAAAGCUGGUGGUACGCUACACUCCCAAAGUGCUGGAGGAGAUGGAGGCUCGUUUUGAAAAACUGAGAACAGCACGACGCCGGCAACAGCAGCAAUUGCUUAUUCAGCAACAGCAGCAAACUACACAGCAAAAUCAUAUGUCGUAGGUUAUUCUCAAGGAAAAAGAAAGCAUAGAUCAAGAGUUCAGUAAUCAAGCAAUUGGAGCUGUGCUUCAGUAUUCCAGCAAAAGGAAACAACCACAGGAACACAAAAUAGAAUUCAUCUGGAGAAUGUGCAGUAUAAGAAUAACUUAGUAAAACAGCCAUGUAGAGGGUAUCCUCAUUAUAAGGCUUUUCAGAAUGCUAGAGUCACAGUUACACAGCUGUGACUCUAUUCCUAGUGAGAACAGCAUGGUAAGUAAACACUAAAAACAGAAGUCCAGGGCUUCCAAUAAUUCUGCUUAGUCUAAUCUUGCACUCCUUACUCUGACAAAUUAGCCAGCUGGCUUUCUGUAGUCAGUGGAAGUUUUGUUUAAGGAGAUCAAGAUUGGCUGCAUUUGGGGAUGGAACCUUUCUCUACAGUUAUCUCCAGAGAGGAACAGCUAUAUCAGUUCAAAAUUUUGCCACAGACAUCAAACUCAUACAUCACACUUCAUAGCCACUUUGUACUAUAUAUUGUAGAUUUGUUUUAACCUAACUUACUAUUUAUAAUUUUCAAUUUUUCGCUCUGAAAAUAGCAAUUUACUAUAUUUAUAAAG